UGCCCUUCUCCUCUCCCGCCUUCUUUUCUCUUACUCUUAUCGAUCCUACCACACUCACCCGUCCCUUAAACUUUCCAAGCCUUACCCCAGAAACGCACAUAACCAAAAUCUAUAACCAAAAUCUAUAACCAAUUUUACCACCUCUUAACAACAAACUUUCGAAAAGCUUAUUCUCUCUUCUCUCAAAUUGCCUAGACGAGUUUCUCAUUGUUGUCUAUCCUAGCCAAAUUUUAAUAGCGCAACGGUCGGCAACUUUAAAGCACCCCCAACCCAAUCCAACAACGCACAGGACCGCCCGCACACACACACACACACACACACACACACCGCCACCCAACGUCUCUCCUCUGUCCAACCACUUUCUGUAAUCUACGACAGCUACUUUGAAAAAGAAAAAGCAUACUUUUUUACGCAUGACCCUAAGGGAAGAACAAUAUCAUAAUGUCUUAUUACAGCUAUAACCAUCAUCAACCAACAGCACCCGCUCCUUCGGUUUCGCACAACCACCAUGGCGGUCGAAACCGAAGAGCACCGAGGCUCUCUGUAUCUCAAAACUCUCAGAAGCAGUUUCGUGGUGUGAGGAGCAUGAAGGAGCUAAGUGAAUCUGUUUCCGUGAAUGCUUUCCGAUCACAAUUCGAAGCGAGCCGUUCUUUCGAUCUCGAGGAUGAUAUGGAGUUUUGCCCCAAGCUGUUGACGGAGAUUGAUCUGGUGUCGAUUAGCAGUGCUUCUUCCGACCGAUCUUCACUGUCCAGCAACUCGCCUAAUGCUUCACCCACGCAGCACCCGCAACAAGUUGCUUCUAGUUUCUCUCUCAACUCUACCUCUCCAGCUUUUAUUCCUCCUAGUUUCCAAACUCAGCAGUCGAGUCUAAAGUUGCAUGCACCCGCUGCCACCCGGGCGCGCAAUGCCAUCCCUAUCAUCAACCCCGCCAAUGGCCUAACGAUGUCCAGCCCGCCGCAGUCCGUUUCGCCUGCCCGAAUGCAGCACAUCGGCAGACGAUGGUAGAUGGCCUGUCGCCUCGCUUCCUCUUUAGAUGUUGAGAUGACUCAUCAUCUAACCACUCGUUUGCAGUUGUUCUGAACAUCUUCUACUUUCCGUUUAGAAGACAUUUGCUCCAAUAGCAGCUGUUCAUCUU